AUUGCAAGUUGCAAACAACUUGAACUUGGUGGAAACCAAGGUGGAAACCUGCCUUGGUGGAAUUGCAAGGAAGUCCAUUGCGAGACGUCUUGACACCGAUCGAUUGAGAUAAUGGCCGUGGACCUGGUGGCUGUAUGGGACGUGCCAUGCAGUGAUGGCAUCCACCAGGUGGAGGUAGAACAUGGCACCAUCUCGGGAAGAAGGAUCAUCAAAGUUGAUGGGCAGGAGAUUGUUCGCCGCGACUGGAUGUUCCGCCUAGUGGGCAGUGAGACGUUCGAGGUGGGCAGGCCGCGCGUGCGCUGCACGGUCAAAAUCGAGCCGUGCGGCGCGUUCGCCUAUCAGUACUCCCUGGACGUGGAUGGGAAGGCGUUCCGCAGCUUCACCGAGCACCAGUCCAAGGUGAUGCGCACCUGGCUGGUCACCGCCCGCGAGGGCACCUACCGCGUCGUUCUUGAAAAGGGGACUCUGGAUGUGUGGGUGAACGGCAGAAAACUGGAGACAGCGGGAGAGUUUGUCGAAGACGGCACCGAAACUCAUUUCGAGGUGGGCAAGAAGCCGGCCUACAUCCGCGCCGUCACGAGCGGGGAUAAGCGUCAGGGUCUGGUCUACUCGCUGUAUGUUCAGGAGCAGCUCAUCCCCGAGCACAAGGAGACCCUGUAGGUGCAUAAGGACGCGGGUCUGGGCCCUGGGGCAUGGCGACAGUCUAGAUGGCGGUGGUCGGUCGCAAGGGGGGGGGGGGGGGAGCUGCACAAAACACCAGACUUAUUUAUAGUGGAAAGGUGGUUUGCUUAUUUCGGUACAUUUUAGUUACCGUUGAGUCGUAAUAUGGUUCGUCGCAUAUCAUGAACUUCUAGUCAAUUGCAAUAAUUUAUCUUGUAUACGUUGACAGACGAUUUAUGUUGUGAUCUAGUGUUCGGUUGUUAUGCAGGUGUUUGUGUUUUGUUGUUGGGUUCCAUUCAACGUCUUCUUAUGUCGAUCGAAGGGAACGUUGUUGGUCUCAUCCAAGGAGAGCACUAUGUCAACUAGUGACGUAAGCCUAUGGUCAUACUUUUUCUUGCGUAGGUGUAUCAGUUUUAUCACACCGACGUCACGCCCGUUUCUUGCGUCGGCACCGUCAAGGUCGCCUAGGAAUAUCAAAUAGUGAACGGUGCCUCCGGGCGCUGCUCAGUCACGAAAAUCUUCCUACGAACGUUGCUCACUAAAACAACAGCUGUAUCGGCAAUGAUUGAAACGGAUCAAACUCAUGACGAAUCGUUGUCUGUAGUAGGAGAAACUACAAGGUGGACGUUUUCAAAUCAAGUUCAGGGGCAGCUGACGAACAGUCGAUUGUGUGAAGCUCGGUGUCGCAAUCUCAGUCAGUGUGAGCACCUGUGUUUCUUCGUACUCUCCUAGCCCUGCCCAUCUAGUCUUUGAUCUCAGUCGUUGCACGCUGCUACGUACAGGUCUC